CUUAAGUCUGGCCAAGACCCACUUUCGUCUUCCACUGGAGGUCGUCUCUUACGGUCUUUCGGCACCGCCAAGGGAGGAGCGAUGAAUCUGAGUCACUUGCUUAGUAGUCGCCACAAACUCGAUCACGGACCAUUGCAGCAACCGGAGAAGAAACAGGCUUCUAGCAGAAGUACUGCAACCGCUUCAGCAAAGAAUGGUGCCAAAGCAGCAGCUUCAAGUUCAUCAUCGAUGUUCUUGGGUGAUAAGCUCGGUGUUGAC